UGGUCAAUUGCUACUGCGCCGUACCGAGUGGUAAAUUAUAUAUUAAGGAAGUACAUAUAUUUGUGUUGUUCAACAAGAUUGACUACAAACUGCCAUCCGAAUCAAAAUCUAGAGACAUCGUCUCCCGUCUUCAGAAAAAAAGCUGGUGAACGUUCCUGCUACUGCAUCCAGCAAAGCAAAGUAUAGCAUACAGAUGGAGAGACUAUUGCCGCCCCUACUGCGUCGCCAACUCCCAGAAAGCAAUGUCUUUAUACGCAAUUUCCAGCCAUAUAUAUGGCUCAGCAUAUUGCUUAGAUCUCUCAGUCUACAGAUUUUCAAUAUUCCGAAACACCGCCAGGCGAAAGAGACCGGCAAAGUGGCGAUCGAUCAAUCUCGCUUCAAGGCACUCAUCCGGUCCUCGAUACACUUCGUUCCCGUUGGCACAUCUCUAUAUCUAAUACAGCUCAACUGGCGAUCGCAAUUUAUUGUCGUUGAAUCGGAUUGGUACGAUCUUCUACCAUUUAUCUCGAAGGCCCACGAGAUACUGAUGCAAAUGUCUAUUGCUGCUAUGCUCGCGACUUGGGUGCGGAAUCAUCUUCUACAAAGACACGGUUUGCCGUUCGGCGGGCUUGUCGCCCUCUUUCAGGCCACAGGCCCUGCAUAUUUUUUUUCCUCGGAGCAUUGGGGUUUGGCAUGCUCUCCAAGGAAACCGGGAAGUGCCUGGACGCAUUGUACCUAUGCAGAAGUCGUCCUUUAUUCUGUGUUUAUGGCAUUCACCGUGGGACCGUCAAGUACAGUUGCAAUGUUACCGAGAGCCGGAAGAUUCAGCAUAGUUCCCGAUGUCCCACCUCACCCCAAUCAAGCAGGCUCAGCAGAUGAUCUGUUUCCUCGUAAUCUCGAUGUGCACCACGUUCCGAACAAUUGUUCUGCAUACUUUCAAAGUGGUGAUGAGGACACGAUUGAUUACUACUGUUCACCUAACGACUUCGAAGCGAUCUCCACUAUCACGAAUAUAGCUCACAAUAACGAGUUUACCGACGGAGAGAUAUCUACAGAUCUUGGAGGAGCUUUCGUCCUCAGGCAAUUGCGGGUGUGGGUGCAAUCACCGGGUAAUUCCGACUCUUACUCUGGCUUCGGCCACUACGUGGCCGAGCUGGUAAACAGUCUGAACCAUACGUUCACUAGGCCUCUUGGUGCCUCUCUAGUGGCUAGCACACAAAACUUUCGGGCAGCAGACUACCUGGGCAGACUAUCAGUGUAUAAUAUGCGCGCACAUGGAGGGUCUGUGGACGCCAGAAAGCGAAUCCCGGUCACUUUCGAAUUUCCGUCUGUAAAACUUCCUUAUGCCACUUCCCAAUGCUACGUUACAAAUUUCUAUACCACGGAUGCCGGCUACGUUCAAUUCGACGACAUUGAGAAGGUUCGCAUCCCAAACUUCCAAGGAGACCAUUUUGAGUACAAUAUCACCCUGAAGGAAUUUCAACAUGAGGCUUACUCGACGAAUAUAUCUCAUGUGAGAUGGUUUGAGUCUCCCGAGGAACUCCGGAACAACAUUUCCAUAAUAGCUCUGAUCAGCACUCCACUGACUGGAGCAGCAUGCGCGAUUAAGGCAGCAUGGGGUGAGGGUUCUAUGACUACGACUUCUCACAAUGAGGCAAAGAUUGAGGGGGAAAUUAAAAGGAUGACCAUACAGAGUUCUCAUAUCGAGGAAAGAUGGCGAAAUCAUACUACUUGGCCUGCGGAAGUCAUAACUAUAAGUCCUGAUUUCAUGCAACAAUUCGCACCUACAAAGCUGAACAUCACCGAUAGUGUUUCGAUGGAUCUAUCGCGAAGCCUCCGCAUUGCGGCUGAGGCAAGAUAUAGUCAAGCACUUCCCGAAAUAUGGCUCUCGAGCAUUGUCGUUGCAGGUCUAUCGAAGAUCUAUAGCAACAGUGAUCUCGACGCACUCUUCAACGCAAGCGGCACUUCCACUGAAGUCUACGAAAUCAAAGCGGAAAGUUACUAUGCAGGACGAGGGUGGUAUCUCGGCAAUAUGAUAGAAAAAGGGUCUAUCUUUGUUCUUGCUACCUACUGCGCUCUCGCGAUUCUCCACACCCUCUACACUUUCACAACAGGCAUAAGCUCAAACAGCUGGGACUCAGUUGCCGAAGUCAUAGCACUAGCACUAAACUCUAAGACACCAGAAUGCCUGAAAAGUGCCAGUGCGGGAAUAGAGUCAUCAAAGACGUUCCGCCAGCCAGUCGGAAUCCGGGCAAGGCAUGGAAAGGGGCUGGAGCUAGUAUUUUUGGAUGAGCAUCAUGACGAUGACGACGAGCUGGAAAGUGUCCAGGUAGACCAUAAGUACUGAGAGGAACCUUUAACGGUUGAGCCAUAUCGAAAUGGGAGAACACGGGUUCACGCAUCGAGCACUUCGUCCGGGGCCGUCCCGUGCAGAUGGGUUGUGCCUAGUACACUUAUCACAGUUACGGAAAGUACGACGAAGGCGCCCUGCUACCCCAACAUGAAAACAAUAGAAUGCCUGUAAACAAGUAGCUACACCUGCCCUAAAAUUGACAAUUAAUACAUUUCUCAUCACCGUCACGGUCAUAAUCAUCAUCAUCAUCAUCUUCUUCUUCUUCUUCACCAUCCUCAAGACUAAUCAGAUAUGCCCUAUUCAACGAAUAUGCCGAGCCCUAUAGCCUACG